UUCAGUUCUCGGCAGUACCUUGAAGGCGGAAGAAGUUCGUUGGAUUCAACGAAUCACAUCUCAAGAUUCACUACACAGUGUGUCACCACAAGUUCCUAUCAACCAAUCCUCCAACCGCAGAUGGCCGGCUUGAUCCAACGACACGGUUCUGUCCUAGUGCGUCGAUUUCUCACCAAUGGAAAACGGAUUACUCACAGGGCACUGCCAGUGGUGACACAGUUUCACACCAGUGCCCAGCUGGACAAGACCGUUUCGUUCCACCUGGCUGACAUCGGCGAGGGAAUCCGGGAGGUGACGGUCAAGGAGUGGUUCGUGAAGGAAGGCGACGUGGUUGAGCAGUUUGACAACCUGUGCGAGGUGCAGAGUGACAAGGCUUCCGUCACGAUCACCAGCCGGUACGAUGGCAAGAUUGUCAAACUACACAAGAUGGUAGAUGAGAUUGCACUGGUCGGGAAGCCACUGUUGGAUUUUGAUGUCGUUGAUGAAGAGGGUGAGGAUAUCAGCAGCAGUAGCAGCAGUAGCAGUAGUGGAGAGAGCAGUUCGGAUGAGGAAGCUGUGCAAGCACAGGCUGUCGCUUCUGGUGCAGCGGCAGCGGCGACUGCGGCUGCUGUGAUCACUAGCGGUAAGGUGCUGGCAACGCCUGCUGUUCGAAGAAUCGCUAUGGAGAACAAGGUCGAUCUACGAGAGGUGAAUGCCUCUGGUAGAAAUGGCCGCGUCCUGAAGGGAGAUGUUCUGGAGUACUUGAACAUUAUCCCACAAGGAACAGUAAAGCCUCAUCCAACACUUUCGCAAAGAAAGACGACCGCUGCCGCUCCUUGCUCCAAGUCACUGGAAACCGUUGUGCCAUUGAAGGGAGUUGCCAAAGCCAUGUAUAAAUCCAUGUCAGAAUCACUGAAAAUCCCACAUUUCGCCUACAGCGACGAAAUCGACAUUUCUAAACUGGUGCAAGUGCGCGAAGCCCUUAAGGCGGAAGCCGUGGCACGUGGAGCGAAGCUAACCUACAUGCCAUUCUUCGUCAAGGCCGCUUCAAACGCCCUCAAAGAGUUCCCGAUCGUCAACAGUUCGUUUGACGAGCCGAACGAAAGCGUCAUCUACAAGUCGUACCACAACAUUAGCAUUGCAAUGCACACACCGCAGGGACUAGUGGUGCCCAACGUGAAAAACGUGGACAGCAAAUCGAUCCUGGAAAUUGCAGCCGAUUUGAACGCCCUGCAGGAGCGCGGAGCCAAGGGAGCCCUCGCACCGGAUGAUUUCGCCAACGGAACGUUCUCCUUGUCCAACAUUGGAAUUAUCGGUGGCACCUACACUCACCCCUGUAUCAUGGCUCCGCAGGUGGCCAUCGGUGCCAUCGGGAAAACCAAGCUCCUACCACGGUUCGAUGACUCCGGAAACGUGAUCCCGGCGCACAUCAUCAACGUCAGCUGGUCGGCCGACCAUCGGAUCAUCGAUGGCGUUACCAUGGCGUCCUUCUCCAAUGCAUGGAAACGACAGCUGGAGAAUCCCAACCUGUUCCUGCUGACGGCACGGUAGGCGCUGAAUACCGGUCAAUUUCUACCCAGUGAAAACCAUGGAAACGAUUGCAUUUAUUCGGAAAUGAAGAUUUCUCUCGACUUUUUUUUUUACGCUAGUAAGGAUAAAAACAACCAGAUUGCAUUUAUUUUGUCACUCAGAUAUGCGCUCGUGCAAUGAUCGCAUCUCUUUUACAAUAGUUUAGUUGCCAUACGCGAGACGUGAAACGUUUUCAAGACCAGGUCUGUGUAUAUAUUUAGAAAUAUAUGGAUUGAAAGACAU